AUGAUGUCAAAUAUUAAUAAUAUAGUGCUUCCGGGACAUUUUAAUCCAAAAACAGACAAAUGGAGUGACUAUAAAGAACAAUUACUGUGUGCUCUCGAUGCCGCUGGCUAUGGUGAACAGAACAUUGAUAAAGCUCGUUCAUUGUUUUUAUCUCAAUGUGGAAAAGAGACUUAUGGUUUAAUUGUAUCCUUAUUAGUGCCACAUCGACCAACUGAAGUGGAAUUUUCGCAAAUUUUGCAAGUUUUGGACAAAUUUUAUGAACCGGAAAUUAAUGAAAUUUUACAAACGGAAAAAUUUCAUAAACGUCAUCAAUUACAAAGUGAAAGUAUUCAGGACUUUGUAGCAGCUGUAAGUUUAUUAGCUGUGAAGUGCAACUUUUCGGACUUACAACGUCAGUUGAGGGACAGGCUCGUAUUAGGGGUGAAUGAUGUGCGCUUGAAAAGGGAAUUAUUGAGAACAAAGGAUCUUACUUAUGAAAGUGCUCUUCAGUUGUGUCUCAACUAUCAAGCCACAUGGUUGGAUUUAUACCCCGAUACCAAGGUGCAGAAGCAAACUCCAUUCCAUGUUUCGGAACCUAUGGAAAUUGGUAGGAUAAAAUCGAAUGACUGUCGACAUUGUGGAAAAUUACACAAAACUGGCGAACGAUGUCCUUUUGCUAAAGCAAGGUGUUACUUCUGUAAGCGUUAUGGACACAUUGCUUCUGCGUGUGCAAAGAGACUGGCAAAAGUACACCAGACUACAGAAUGUGGUGAGGGAAGCUUAAAAUCCUUGCCCGAAGAGAUGUUGGGUGUGUAUAAUUGUGGGGAGAAUAACCUCCCAGUAAUUAAAGCAGAGGUGAGGAUAGAUGGAGUGAAUCUUUCUAUGGAAAUAGAUUCUGGAGCUUCAAGAACAAUAAUAUCAGAAGAAACUUACCACAAAUUAUGGGUUACACCACCCCCACUAAUUCCUACCAACAUAAAAUUGGUGACAUGGACGCGUGAACCACUGAAGGUGUUAGGACUGGCUAACGUUCGAGCUAGUCUUGGUGGCAAAGAGGCACAAUGUGAGCUGUUGGUGAUAACAGGCAAAGGGCCAAGUUUAUUAGGAAGGAAUUGGUUCAAGCCUCUGGCGAUACAUAUUUCUGGAUUGUGCUGGACCUAUGAUGAAUUAACAUCCCUCACAAAUAAAUUUCCAAAUUUAUUCAAAAAUGAUUUAGGUGAAUAUACUGGUCCAGAGGUUUCUUUGCAUGUACGGCCUGAGAUGCCACCAAAAUAUUUCAAAGCUCGACCAGUGCCAUUUCCACUCAAGCAACAGGUGGAAACUACUUUAAUACAAAUGAUUGAUGAUGGCGUUUUGACACCAGUGAAGUAUUCAAAAUGGGCCACACCUAUUAGAGUUGUUAAAAAAGAGGAUGGCAGCUUACGCAUAUGUGGGGAUUAUCGUGCCACAGUUAAUGUUUCUAUAAAUACAGACACAUACCCACUGCCCACAUCAGCCGAAGCUUUUGCAAAGUUAAGUGGAGGACGGGUAUUUAGUAAACUUGACCUGAAGCAAGCAUAUACACAGGUGAAAGUGGAUAAAGAGACAGCUAAUCUAUUAACACUAAAUACCCACAUGGGAUUAAUGAGGAUGAACCGUUUGGCAUUUGGUGUGAGUGCAGCACCAGCUAUUUUCCAGCGUUUAAUGUCAACAGCAUUUGCUAACAUGGAAGGAGUAGCAUGUUUACUCGAUGACAUUGCUGUCUGUGGAAAAAAUAUGGAGGAACAUAAUGGAAGAUUAUGUAUGGUAUUGGGUAAACUGGAUUCUAUGGGAUUUCGCCUUAAUUUUAAAAAAUGUGUCUUUGCAUCAGACAGCAUAACCUUUUUAGGACACAUGAUUGAUGGCGAAGGACUACAUCCAUCUCCAUUAAAAGUUAAGGAGAUAAAAGAGAAACCUGCACCCCAGAAUAAGGUAUCAUUAAGGGCAUUUUUGGGCCUGUACAAUUUUUAUGAAAAAUUCUUGCCUGACAAGGCAACUAUUCUGGAACCAUUGUACAGACUAUUGGACUCAAAACAACCCUGGAUGUGGAGUGUUGUAGAACAAGUGGCCUUUGACAAAGCAAAAGUCUUCUAUCAUCGGAUUUGA